AAUCGCUAAGAAGCCUGUAAUCCCCAGAUCAGCAACAUCCAGCACAGACGUUCCACAUGACGUGAGAGGACUCUAUAAGACAAUUCAAGCGCUGGCUCGGCGGUCGAAAGGCGUCAUUCCACUGGGUAUCGAGGCACGAUUACUGGAUACAUUUUCCGGGGUCUUUUAGCUAAUAAUCUACCAGUCUGAAAUAGAACAGGAUACUUGCGGUGACCUUGACGACCUAGAGGAUUACGUUGCAAAUACAGCAAGUGAAAAAACCUACGAACAAUUAAAGGACGAAUUCAAAGCCAUGCGAGAGAUUCGGAACGAGACUUCAGCGUGCAAAUUGAAGCAUCUACACGAGCCGAGCUGGAACGAACUUGUGCAUGGCCCGAUGCUGAAGCAAGCCGCCCUUGGCCAUGCUGGCUUUUCGUGUUACAAUAUCACCACCGCGCGAGUAAUCAAAGAGCUUGUGCCAGGUAACGAAUAUGGGGAGCUUCUGAGAGGUAAGAUGAUCGACUAUGCUGUCACCCUCGGCCCUCCGCUUGUUUCAAUGGCACAUGUCAUCAGUCGCCUCGCUGCUUCUUCGCCGAAGCUCAAGCGCACCAUUAACCCGUCUGAUUACUCACCUCUCUGCUAUGAACCUGUCGUUCUUAGCAUUGAAACAAAGUCCCCCGGUGGCGGUAAUGAGGACGGCGAAGUCCACCUUUCCCUCUGGGCAAUGGCCUACUUCAACCGCCUGCGGCAGCUCAUACAGGAUCCUGUGGCUAUAACGCUCCCUCUCUUGUUGGUCACCGACGCCCGCUGGAAGUUGUAUUUUGCUAGUGAUUUGAGGGACGAGAUUCGUCUCAUUGAUGCUGUAGAUAUUGGCACUACAGCUGAUAUCAUUGGGUGUUAUACCAUCUUAGAGGUACUGAGAGUUAUUUUCAGGUGGGUCGAGGAGACAUUUGCACCCUGGUUUUCGAAUGGCUUAGAGCCUGAAUGAAUAAUGUCUUACUGCAGCAUAGCAUAUGGAGUUGGGAUAUGAAUUUUGUUCACUUCUGCAUUCAGCGAACAAUUAGGAACAUGGUAAGUUCAGCUAGCGAUUGUGAUCGCUUCGAAUCUCAUGAUCGUUGGUCGGGAAGUAUCUAGUAAUAGAAAAAGUCUUUAAAGGUAAUUCUAGAUAAGAAUAUCGUUUGAUAGAUGAAGAAUACCGCCCAAAGGUAGAAGAAAGGAAGGUCUACUAUAUUUUAUUAUAACUAUAUAAUUAGAGAGAGCUUAGAAUAGUAUUUAAUUUAAG